AUGCGUUUUUGCACUUUGCCACUGUACUGCCUUGUGGUGACGCUUGUGGCGUCAGAAGAGAUGCAGAUCGCGAAGGCGAAGUCGGCGAAGUCGUGGUGCCCAAGCUGCCAAGGAGCCCUCUGUCAACGGCAGUUUCUCUUUACAGCGAUGGACCCCCAAAGUGCCGAACUCCAGCACCUUGAUCAACUUGUUCGACAAUCGGGUUCCCGAGUGCGCAGUGGCUUUGAUGGUGCCGUGUCCGAGCUACUGAAGGCCCUGAAGUCCGUCUACCGGACGAUGUCAUGGGGUGAGGAGGGCUUGAAGGAUCCGAUGCCUCAAGAUGGCGUCAGCCGACUCAAGCCAUUUGUUCACACCAAGGAUGAGGUUGUGAACAGCAAGCUGCUAUUUCGGACACAACUGUUGAUCUGGGAUUGGCUGCAAACGGGGCAGUCCACACUUGCUGUUUACAACGCAGCACAUUGGGAUGUGGAAGAGUUGGAAUUACUGCUGCUUGCAUGUCCCUGCAGUCGCCUGGUCCUAAAGCCGCUCGGCACAGAAGAACUGCUGCAGCAGCACAACAUCUCCCACGCCGAUGUCACAGCCCGCGACGAGCUCACCGCUUGGUUUCAGAAUGUCUAA